AUGGACGGUGCCAAAUGUUCAGAAAACCAACACAUCGAGCAAUAUGUGCUCGAAAAUCCUAAGGCUCAAGGCCUGAAGGCUGUGCCUGAAGUGUUGUUGACUUUGUCUUCGGAAGAGAGAGAACAAAAGGAGAAGGCAUUGGUCAGAAAGAUUGACACCAGACUGUUGAUAAUCAUGUUGGUUAUGUAUAUCCUCAACUACCUAGAUCGCAACAACAUCGCAGCCGCGAAAUUGGCGGGGCUACAGGAUGAUUUGAAUCUUACAGGUGACGAGUACCAGGUCUGUGUUAGCAUCUUGUUUGUCGGAUACCUCCUAAUGCAAGUGCCUUCAAAUAUGAUUCUUAAAAAGUUCGGUAAACCUUCAAUCUAUUUGCCCAGCUGCAUGGUAGUAUGGGGUGUCAUCUCUUGUUGCACUGCUGUCACAAAGGACUUCGGGGGCUUGCUGGCCGUCCGAUUCUUCCUCGGAUUUAUUGAGGCUGCUUAUUUUCCCGGUUGUCUUUAUCUCCUGUCGGCAUGGUAUACAAGGAAGGAACUAGUGAAGCGAACUGCAUUACUAUACGCGGGAUCAUUGAUUUCAGGAGCCUUUUCAGGCUUGAUAUCUGCUGGUAUUACUAGUGGCCUGAAUGGGGCCCGAGGUAUCGCAGCAUGGAGAUGGCUCUUUAUCAUAGAGGGCUCACUGACGAUUUUUGCGGCUUUAGUCGCUUUCUUCAUUGUUCCUGAUCUUCCCAGAACCACACUCUGGUUGAGUGAUGAUGAGAAAGUGCUUGCAGCUUGGAGAUUAGAAGAAGAUAUUGGUGAGGACGAUUGGGUGGAUAGUGAACAUCAAAGCAUGUUCCAUGGUGCAAAGCUGGCUUUCCUAGAUCCGAAAACCUGGCUACUGCUCGGUCUCAUUUACGGCUGUACAUCGGCCGGCGCUGUUACCACUUUCUUCCCGAGUGUAAUGGCUGGACUUGGCAGGAAUAAAAUCGAUACCUUGCUCCUGACAACACCGCCAUAUCUCAUAGGAACAAUUGUUGUGUUGAUCAAUGCCUGGCAUGCAGACCGCACAGGUGAACGAUACCUGCACAUGUGUCUUCCACCAUUAUUGCUAUUGUGUCUUUCGUCCUGGCUAUGGCAGGAAAUAACUUUGCCGCUCGUUAUGUGUGGUAUUUACUCCAGUUACGUUGUUGCCCUCGGAUACAUUUCAAACAUCUUGCCUCGUCCUGCCGCAAAGCGUGCAGCUGCUUUGGCCUUGAUCAAUUGUCUCAGUAAUGUGUGCCAAAUUUACACGCCUUAUCUUUACCCUGAUUCCGCCGCACCUCGAUAUAUCACCGCUUUUAGUAUCGACAUCGGAAUGUGCGUCAUGACGAUCAUAUUUGCCACCAUCCUUCGCAUUUAUCUUGGAAGGCUGAACAAGCAACUGGACCAAGAGGAGGGUACGGAUCUGACCACAGACGCUAUGUCCAGUGAAGGAAAUGGCCCCUCCGGAUUGACUGUUAGAAGUUUCCGAUACUUGCUUUAA